AUGUUCGGACGUAGCACCCUAGCAUUGGCUGCUCUAGCAUCGAGCGUGUCAGCAGCGCGACCAAAGACACAGGAUGCGUCUCAAGUCACACUCCGAGACCCAUUGACCUACGGGCCAGAGCUGGAGCUCGUCCAUCUGUACUACGAUGAGUUUCCAACGGGAAUCGCGGUAUCAUCGCAGGGGAGGAUGUUCUCCAACUACCCGGGCGGUCUCGACAGCAACGACACCAACAAUGGCCAGAACGGCAAGUACACGAUCGCGGAAUUGUUCGACGACAACACAGCUAACAAUUUCCAAGAACGACCCUACCCCUCGCGAGAGAUCAACUCACCUCCUGGCGGCGCGAUCAAUUACACCACCUAUCCGCCCAGCGGGGCCAACUACCAAAACUACCUCAUCGGCUCGCAAUCCUGCGUAAUCGACCCGGCCGACCGGCUCUGGAUCCUCGACACCGGCCGCGUGCUCACCCCCAACGGCACCCUCGUCCCGGCCUCCUACGGCGGGCCCAAACUCAUCGGCGUCAACCUCUCCAACGACACAGUCUUCCAGACCAUCGUCUUCCCCACCACCGUCGCCUACGCCGACUCCUACCUCAACGACGUGCGCUUCGACCUGCGCUCCUCCCUCACCUCUUCAGGCAAAGGCGUGGCCUACAUCACCGACUCCUCGGUCGAAGGCCGCAACGGCAUCAUCGUCGUCGACCUCGGCACAGGCGAAAGCUGGCGCCAUCUCGACGGCAACCCUACCGUCCACCCUGCACGCCAAUGGUCCGCAUACCUCUGGGGCACGCCCUUGUACCAAGUCAUGCCCGGCAAACCCUUCACCUACGGCCAAUUCGGCAGCGACGGGAUCGCCUUGUCCGCAGACGGCGCAACACUCUUCUACAAAAACGUCGCGGGGCGCCAACUCUACUCCAUCCCGACCUCGUACCUCCGCGCCAACGGCCCUACUUCCGAAGUGUUAGCGCAAGGCGCGGUAAACACACUCGGCGAAACAGGCGUAACCGAUGGCAUGGAGACGGAUACCAACAACUACAUCUACCACGGCAACAUGGAGCAGGACGCCGUGUCCUUCUUCAACCCGGCGAACGGGACGGAUACGGUUUUUGUCAGGGAUCCGCGCCUGAAUUGGAUCGAUACCUUUUCGACGGCGACGGAUGGGUAUCUGUACUUUACGAGCAAUCAGUUGGUGUUGGGGAGUGGAUUCUACCCGGGGACGGACAGGAGGCAGAGGCCGUUUGCGCUUUGGAGGGUGCAGUUGCCUGGGAAUGGUACGAAGACUAAUUUGAGGUGA